AUGGUGAUUUCAGAUGAGAACAGUUCUAAACCAAUCAACCCCACAAAUUUUCAAGGAGGGUUAGAUUGUGUGGGUAACAGAAAGGUGGGGCAGAACAGAAGGGCUUUGAGCAUUAUCAAUCAGAAUCUGGUGGUGGAAGGUCGACCUUACCCUUGCGUUGUUAACAAGAGAACUUUGUCAGAAAAACAUGAAGUUUGUGAAAAGAAGCAGGCGGAUCCGGUGCAUCGACCCAUCACAAGGAGGUUUGCUGCACAAAUUGCCAGCACACAGCAAUGUCGUGCUGAGGAAAGCAAGAGGUCAAACAUGUCAAAUUCAAAUUCGAAUGGAUUUGGGGAGUGUAUAUUUAUCGAUGAUGAACACAAGCCAACUGAAGACCAGCCAGUGCCUAUGGCUUUAGAGCAAACAGAACCAAUGCAUAAUGAAUCAGAUCAGAUGGAGGAGGUUGAGAUGGAGGAUAUAAUUGAAGAGUCUGUUUUGGACAUUGAUAUCUGUGAUGCAAACAAUCCUUUCGCAGUAGUGGACUAUAUUGAAGAUCUUUAUUCCUACUACAGAAAAAUGGAGAGUACUAGCUGUGUCUCACCGAAUUAUAUGGUACAACAAUUUGACAUCAAUGAAAGAAUGAGGGCUAUACUGAUUGACUGGCUUAUUGAGGUGCACGACAAAUUUGACCUCAUGCACGAGACGUUGUUUCUUACAGUAAAUCUAAUAGAUAGAUUUUUGGCAAAGCAGAGUGUGGUAAGAAAGAAGCUUCAGUUGGUUGGCCUAGUUGCCAUGCUUUUAGCAUGCAAAUAUGAGGAAGUUUCAGUGCCUGUGGUGGGGGAUCUAAUCCUUAUAUCAGACAAAGCAUACACAAGGAAGGAAGUUCUGGAAAUGGAGAAGUUGAUGGUCAAUACAUUGCAGUUUAACAUGUCUGUGCCAACAGCAUAUGUUUUUAUAAAAAGGUUCCUAAAGGCAGCUCAAGCAGACAGAAAACUUGAGCUACUUGCUUUCUUCUUGGUAGAGCUAUCUCUAGUAGAAUAUGAGAUGUUGAAGUUUCCUCCAUCAAUGCUAGCAGCAGCUGCUGUCUACACAGCUCAAUGCACUAUUUAUGGUUUCAAACAAUGGAGUAAGACAUGUGAAUGGCACACCAACUACUCAGAAGAUCAGCUAUUAGAGUGCUCAAGUUUAAUGGUUGAUUUUCACAAGAGAGCUGGGACAGGGAAACUUACAGGGGUACAUAGGAAGUAUUGCUCAUCAAAAUUUAGCUACACUGCAAGAUGUGAACCAGCAAGUUUUCUUCUGGAGAACCCAUUGUAGGUGCUAUGUAUAGCCACUAACAUCAAACAUUAUUUGACUUUCAUAAUUGGGUUGGGGUCAACUUCAGCAACUUUUGGGUUGCACUGUUAAAUCCUCUGAUGUGUUGUUUUACGUAUUUCUGUUGUUUU